GUAGACGAAAAGUGCGCUUGAUGGAAAGAGAACAACACAACCAACCAACAAAUCAACAGUGGAAGAAACAAAAAAUAAAUACACACACCGAACGUUACCAUACGAAACACGAAGAGAAAAUCCAACCAAGAGAGAAAAAAUACCAUACACACCAAUUCAGUGUACACAUAACAUUCAAUACGUUCUCGUUCUGCUGAUGGUCGGAAAUUCCAAAGCUCUCUCUUACGCCAGAAAAACAUAGCGAGCGUACAACGACACAAAAAGUCUCUUCUCGCAGUCAGUGAAUUUUGUCGUCCGUGGUGCGAAAAAGCAUAAUCGCCACCACACUUGUCCUUUAUUUUUAUUUUCUCUUCUCUCUAUAUAUAUAUCGCUUCAAAAACAUUCAUUAUUAUUGUUUUAUAUUCAUAAAAAAAAAAUCUAAAGCGAAGAGAGGAGAAAAUUGAACACUAAAACCAACUCUGUGAGUGUGCGUGUAUGUGUGUGAGAUAAAAAUUAAGAACAAAAACAAUCUAAAUAACAGAAUAAACAAAAUAAUGAUAGAAAAACCAUAAAAUGAACGCUGUAGAUGAAAGUAAAACGCAGCCAACAGAGACCAGAAAAUCCACAAUACCAUUGCGCGUGAGAAAAGUUAAAACGCGUUGAAGUUUGAAUAAAUACUAUUGUAAAUGUUAUUGUUGUUGGGUAUUUUUUUUCGUUUCGUUCAUUUCGGUUUGUACACUUUUCCGUUCAAAACAUGAACGCGUAUUGAAGUGACACUGAAAUUCUAAAAUCCGAAAUUAAACAAGAGAAGAAAAAAACGACAAAAAAAAUAAAUAUAAAACGUAAUAUAAUACAACUUAUCGUGUAAAUAAAACGCGACAAAAUUCUUUUUUUGUUUGUUGUUGAAACAUAAAUUACAAAUAUUUCAUGCAUAACAAAACAAAGCAUAAAAAUUAAAACUUAGAAAGGAAGAAGACGGAAAAAAGAGCAAACAUCUACGUAUGAGAAACAGAAAACGGAAGACAAUGAAGCAGUUGAACAACGCUCAAUGAUCGUUUACAUUUUGACUUCUGUGUGCGUGCGUGUUUCUGUUUUAAAUUUUGGUUUUUAAAUGUGUGUAAAAUAUGGAAUUAAAACAAUUUUAUAAAAUCGAAUCAAUCUCAAACAAAACAAAAUCCAUUUUAACUUGAUGUUAACUCUACUAUAGUUGAGUUUUAUUUUUCGUUUAGUUUGUUUUUUCUAUCUCUACAUCUGUGUAAUAUACCUUAUAAGGUUCUUCUUCUAUAUGUUAAAUAUAUAUGUGUGUGUUCGUUCUAGAUGUUAAAUCUCUAUAUGUUACUAUAUUUCUGCUUAGUCUGUAAAUGAAUGUUUUAACCCAACCAAAAAAGAAAAGAAAACCGAACGAAAACCAAAUGAAAAUACACAGAAAAAUGUGUUGCACAUCUAAUUAAAUAUGCAUAAUAUAAUUUUGAUGUAACACAAUUGACAUAAUACCAACAACAAACAAAUGCGAAAAAAAUAGACACCAAGUUGAAAUUCAUUCCCGAAAAUAAAUCAAGAAGCGAAACGAAAUACCAUUAAAAGAGGGACCGAAUCAACAACAACAAUAGCAACAGAAUAGACUCAAGAAGAAAAAUCUAAGUGACAAGGGCAGCUGUACACAAACAAACAAACCAAAAAAUAUCCUGUCCAAUAAAGACAGUUAUUAUUUGGCAAAAGGAACCCAUCGAAACGGAUCGCCAUUCUUAACCCCCCGAAAGAAGAAGAAGAAGGAUAAAAAAACACCAUUUGAAAUAAAAUCGCAUCGCAUAUUUCUUUUUCUAUAAUUAGAAAAAAACAGACGAAAUAAUGGCUAGUGCCAUAAUAAUUGGAUGUUUAGCAACCCUUGGUGUUAUAAUAGUGAUUUUAUUGUUAUUAGCUGGUGGUUAUUUAUGGUGGCGUCACAAACGCUCACAAUUGAAGUUCAUUGAGCCGCACGAGGACGAAGAAUCAACAAGUGGAAGCCUAAGACUACAGCAAUUGCAACAAAUGCAGCAAUUUGAAACGCAACAACAGCCACAGCAAGAGUUUUCACAGCAAAGCAGCAAAUCGCCUGUUCAAUCGCAAUCACAACAACAAUUGCAGCAAACCACAAACAAUAUCAAUCGCAAAUUGAAUGGUUUUCUGAAUUUGAAAACACCAUUAAUUGGUAAUUUUUUGGAACACAUUGUUAUGUAUUUUAGAUCAAGUUCGCAAACAAAAUCUCCAGUCGGCAGUUCAUCGGGCGAUAGAAAUGGUGAUGGAGGCAGGCAGAAUAGUGGCGGACCAAACAAAGAUAAUCAAACCAACCGGAGUGCAUCGAUGAUUGACAUGUACAUAGACAAUUCGGAACCGAGUGAAAACGUUGGUCAAAUACAUUUUUGUGUUGAAUAUGACUUCCAGAACAAUACGUUGAUACUGAAAAUUUUACAGGGUAAAGAUUUACCAGCAAAGGAUUUAAGUGGUACUUCGGAUCCAUACGUACGGGUAACUCUAUUGCCAGACAAAAAGCAUCGGCUUGAAACGAAAAUCAAGCGACGCACAUUGAAUCCAAGAUGGAACGAAACAUUCUAUUUCGAAGGAUUUCCCAUUCAAAAGCUGAAUACACGUGUGCUUCAUUUACAUGUUUUUGACUACGAUCGAUUUUCAAGAGACGAUUCCAUUGGAGAAGUAUUUCUUCCAUUAUGUCAAGUUGAUUUAACCGGGAAGCAAUCUUAUUGGAAAGCGUUGAAGCCGCCAGCUAAAGAUAAAUGCGGUGAAUUGUUGACGACACUUUGCUAUCAUCCAUCGAAUUCGGUUUUGACAUUAUCACUAAUAAAAGCUAGAAAUUUGAAAGCCAAAGAUAUUAAUGGCAAAUCUGAUCCAUAUGUUAAAGUUUGGCUUCAAUUUGGUGAUAAACGCAUCGAAAAACGAAAGACGCCAAUAUUCAAAUGCACACUGAAUCCAGUAUUUAAUGAAUCAUUUAGUUUUAAUGUGCCAUGGGAAAAGAUUCGAGAAUGUUCACUAGACGUAAUGGUAAUGGAUUUUGAUAACAUAGGCAGAAAUGAGCUUAUCGGACGGAUUUUGUUAGCCGGUAAAAAUGGUUCCGGCGCAAAUGAAACCAAACACUGGCAAGAUAUGAUAUCAAAGCCACGACAAACUAUCAUUCAAUGGCAUCGACUAAAACCUGAGUAAAUUCACUCAAACGUAUUCGCAUCAACCUGCAACCAACAACCAGAAAACAAAAAAAUAAAAUAUAAAACAACUACAACAAAUAAUAAUGAUAAUCGACAAGUGAAAGAAAAUGUAUACAAAAAAAAAAAAAAAACAAAAACGUAGUGCAAACCAUAGUUUGAAUGCUGAGAGUAAUGAGCAGUACACUCACUUUAUUUUUUAAACUGAACAAAAGAAAAACAAACAACAAAAAAAAAAACGAAAUAAUAAGCAGAAAAUCCAAGAAAAUUAGAUGGUAUCUUUUAUAAAUGACACAAACAAUAUAUGCAAAAUGGAGAGCUACUUUGAAAAGCUCAUGAGAAAAUCAACAUCAAGUGCUACAUUUUACCGAUUAUCUCCGAAAUGGAUUCCCACAUGCACAUCUAUAGCAGAAUGAGACGAAACACACACACACGUGCGCCUGAAUCAAAGUUCGGUUGAACUACUUUCGUUGUAUGGCAGUCGUUAAUUGAGUGUUGCUGUUGGUUGUUAUUUUGAUCAUUCCAGCCAACGGCAACCAAAACGUAACCAAAGCGAUGGUUCGAUUUUCUUUUGAUCUCAUGAAUCACCCAUUGAUUCAUUGAAUAAACAUGCACAUAUCCCAAAAUACAAAUUACGCUUUCGAUGUAUAGCUACUAUUCCCCAUAGAAAUGACACAGACUAAAAUACUGUGAAAAUAUUAGCUUUUAAUGUGCGAAUUAAAUCGUAUCGAAAGUUGUGCUAAUACCGAAUCUUGAAUGUUAAUUAGAAAAAUUGCUGUCGAAAUGAACAAACAUAUAAGUAUGCCAACUGAAUUUUAGUGCAUUCCAUCAUCUGAGAUAGUAAGGUCAUUUCGUUGAACUGUACGCACACAUACAGACAUUGUUCAUAUCAACGAUUUAUUGAAAUAGUGAAAGAGCCAGAAUUUGCUCCAGAAUACAAUUAAUUCGCUUCGUUGACAUUCUCAUACAUGUUGACUAUGUCACCAUUUGUUUCUUUUUUAUUAUACUUGAUAUAUGAAAGCAUCGAUUGUAAGUAUUUGUAACAAAGCAAGUGUCAAGACCAACGAAAAUAUUAAAAUGGCACCCGACGAAGAAAAUGCAUCCGGUUUUAUUUCACAAAUAUUUGACGCAUAACGAUCGUUGUGAAUGAAAUAUGUGCAACAUUUGUUCGAUUCUUUAGCAAAUAUCCAUAUCGCGCGAGCAAAAAAAAAGUAUAGUAAAUCAUAAAAUGUGGGCCAGUUUGAUGCAAUGAUGAUACACAUUAUGUCAUUGAGCAUCAAUAUAAAUAUGAAACGAAAAUGUUGCAAUAUUCACAUGAAUUCGAACAAAGAAAUUGAUAUUCAAUUCGAAACCAUCAAAACCAUCAUCAAUUCAUAUCCACUAGAAGAAUGUUACAUUUGCUGUCAGUGAGUCUGAAUUUGAUUGACUGGGGCUGCAUAUCACAACACUUUGAUAGCCAUUGAGAAUGGCGACAUUAUUUAAACAAAAUAAUAAUAAUAAGUGAGCUUUUUGUGGCACUUUUUGCUGAUAAUGGUUUCGCAGGAAAUAAUAAAGGUUAUUACUCUAAAUACAACGGAAGUGAUAUUCAGUGGCUGCGAUUCAGCGGAAUCCAAAAUACAAGCAAGAGAUAGAUAGAGAGAAAUCAAAUGUGGCAUCCGAUAUUUAUUUUUACUGGAAAUAUCAAUACACAAUGUUCAAACAUGUACACUGUGAUCGAGCUCUCGUUAUUUGUUUAAACCAAAAACAAACAAACAAAAAUGCAGAAAACUAUACAUACCUGAACGGUCUGUAGAUGGAAUAGCAAAUAGUUUUUAAAAAGACAAAAUUAAAGGAAAAAAAUAAACAUUUAAACAAUUUAGCGUAAUGAAAAGACCAGCAAAACCAAAUGAACUUAUCAAACCAAAUGAAACCAUUAAAGAAAAGACGAAACAAAAUCAAUGUAAGCCAAAAAAAAAAACAAAUGAACGCUAGAAUGACAAUUCUUAGGGCGUAAUAUGUAUCGAUAAAUUCAAAUUUAGAAUUUUAACACAACAAAAAAAAUCGUUUCUUGCUCAUAAGAAAAGUUUACAUAUUUGGUUAUAUGAACAGUAAUUUCAAUGGUGAGAUGUUUUAAUUACAAAAAAAUCUAGUGAAUUUAUAGGCAAUUGAUCGUUAUUAUUAAAAAUAUUUUAUUCAUUUUCAUCGGGAACAUCGAAUCUACGACUAAAACCGACACUUACAUUUAAGAUGAAUGUCCGUACGCACUGAACAGACACAUUGUACAACACAACAAAUAAAAACAACCAAAUAAAAUGCAAAACAUGAAUUUGAACAUCGGAAAACCGAAAACAAACGUGGAAUAACGGACAAUUUUCCUCGAAUCCGUUGCGGACUCAUUUUCUAUUUUUUGAACAAAAACAAACAACUACAAAGCUCGAUUCGAAUUUUAACGACACAAAAGUAAUGUGCAAACAUGCAAUACAAUGGACAAAUUCAUAACGUUUUAUUGGUAAUUGUUACUGUUUGAAGAUUUGUAUUGUUUUAAUUCAAAUGGUUUUAUUAUUAUUAUUAUUGUUUUUGCACAACAGUUUGUCGACGACGACAAUGUCUUAUUAAUUCGAAUAAAGAGAAUGCUCGGUUCGAAAUAUUUUAAAAAAGCAUACAUUCACAUGCAUUUUUCACAUCAUUCGACGUUAAAAUCAAAUCCAUAAACUAAAUAAUAGACUGUUUUAACAUUUGAGAUUAUACCGUAACUAACCAUUCCAUUUUGUUAAUCAAAACAAAUUCCGCUUCCAAACUUUACCAACUGUUUUUAUCUUCUAUUUUUUUUUAAGUAUAACAUAUAUAAGAAUUAAACGAAGAACAUUUCCGUUAUAUUCUGUUAGAAAUUCCAAUUUAAUUGCAAAUUACGAUCAGCUGGAUCUCACAAUAUUCGGUUUCGUUUCAUUUCAUUACAAAAUAAUUCAAGGUAUGAUUUGAAAUGUUAUAACACGCAAAAUAUGGAUAUAUUUGUAUUUGAUGAGGCAAAAAAAGACAUUUUUCUAAAUGUCGUCCCCAAAAGCGAUGGCAGCAAUAUAAUCAACUGUAGAAUAACGUUGAAAAUGCUCCAUCGCCGAUUUUUAAAAGCAAACACACACACACAAAGAACAAUAAAUUUUAUCAACGGACUCAAAAGACCAUACAUACACUGAAAUAAACACCACCCAUUUCCAUUUUUUUAAAAGAAAAAAACAAACAAAAACAAAGUGAAUACCGAUCAAACAACGUUUAUUGUGAAUAGAGCGCUUGAAUCGUGCAUGUAUAUGUGUUUUUAUUUGGUUACGAUUUGAGUUUUUCCAAAAAUAUGAAAAAGUAUAAUUACCAUUGCACAAACAAAUAAUAUGCUGCAUACACUAGAUUCCAAAAUAACAAUAACAGAAAAAAAUGGAGUGAAAUAAAAUUAUAGCGAGAAAAAGUUGUUCAGUUUUAGUGGUUAAUUUUUUUUUAAAUAUAUAAUGAAACUGGAAAUCGAUUGUUCGAAAGUGGAACAGGUCAAUGACUGGAAUUUAUGUUUUGUAGGCAUUACGCAUAAUGUAAAUUCUUACCAAAAAAGAGCGUACAUGCAUAAAUUCCAGUUUGAGUCAUUUCAAGAGUUCUAUUGUGUAAAACCUUGGUUUUAAUGUCGACAUUUGUUGAAAACAACAAAAAUAUUUAAUAAAAACAUAAAAAUGAACAAAAAAAAUCGUUAGGUAUUCAUUCAAGCAGUUAACCAUUUAUAAUGGCAUAAUCAAGAUAUUGGUUUGAUGAGUAAAAGAAAGACAAAAAUGGUCAUGAAGAAAAUGAAAAAAAAAACUUUUGUUUUUUCUCGAUUUUUUUCUGAAUAUAUUGAGAAUAACUCUAUUAAAUUGUAGCCUAAGUGACAUUUAAUAAAAUGCAGAGAACAACAAGAGAAAAAAAAAUAUUGUUUGACAAAUUAAUCUAUAUUCAAUGUAAUUUGAUGUGUUUUGUAGUAAGUAAUUUAAAAACAACCAACAAAUGGUCAAAGUGCAAAACAUAGUUUAUAUGAGCUAACAAAAGACAUAUAUAUAUUAAAUAAUAUAUACAUUACAUAAUUAUAAUUGUCGUUUUGAAUUGUUCACGUUUACUCGUCGAUUUGAAAUAAUGUUGAUCAAUCUAAAAUCGAUUUUGAAUGCCUCAAACAAACACAUACACACUCAACAUUAAACAAAACAAAGAAACAAACAAAAAAAAAUGAAAAACUUUCCACUUCUAUUCCAAUUUUUCCCUUAAAAAUGCGAUAGGAAAAUGCGCGAUUAUGUUUCAAUUGUAAAUUGUCUCCAUUGAUUUUGAUGCUGUGUGUUAUCUGUACGGUUAUUAUUCAUUUUGUUUGCACUCCUCAUUUUUAUUGCAUCAUUAAAAAUCGAACGCUCGGCGUGAACAAUCGAGUUAAACUGCUCGACAGAGACAGCGUGACAUGUGUGCCAUUGAUGCAAAUGAAACAAAUAAAUAUAUACGCACGCCAUAAGAAAUAUCAACUCGAAUAGGAGGUCUAUAUAUAUAGUUGAAAAGAUGAAAUUGAAAAAUCAUGAACAACAGUGCUUGGCUGAUCCAUCGUUCAAUUAUCGACUGAUUCUAUGUGAACAGAUGGCAGUUGAAGUAGUGGCAACAAUCAAUGUAGCCAAAAAAUGAAAUGAAAAAUAAAUAAAUAGAUAAAACCAAAAAAA